AUGGAAGUAAAACUUGAAAAGAUGCAAUUCCUUGGGAUCUUUGGCAUUCUCCAAGAAGCCUACAAGAUCAUCUACACAUGGAGAAAAAUCUUUUCUCAAAUCACUCUAUUCUUAAUCUUCCCUCUAUCCCUUUUCUUCUUGGCUUACAUCCACAUUUCAAAUCAUAUGGCUCAAAAAAUCCUCUUCCAAAUAACUCAAACCAAAUCCCAAAAGGGUCCUCCAAGAUUUGUCAACCUUUCUGAUCUCGUCAUGUCAUACGAAUUGGCCUAUUUUUCGCUUUUCAUCAUCGUCUACAGCAUCUUUCUCACCAUCAUUUCUAUCCCUUCUACCUCCGUCGUAACCCAUGUUGUAGCCUGUAUAUACACCGACGACAACGAAAAAGUUUCUUUCACACGAAGCUUGAAAGUUGUAACCAAGGUUUGGAAGCGAGUUAUGAUCACAUCGUUUUAUUCUUUAGGAUUCUCUUUCACAUACGAUUCGGUGGCAGCUUGUGUUCUUCUUUUGAUAUUUCGAGUGAUCAUCUUUAGAUAUAGGUUUUAUUGGCACAUCAAAGCUUCGAUAUUAAUUGUGUUUAUGGUGAUGUAUAUGGUGGGAUCAUUGUAUUUAAGCACAAUAUGGAUGUUAUCGAAGAUUGUUUCUGUAUUGGAAGAGUCGUAUGGGUUUAAAGCGUUAAUGAAAAGCCAAAGGCUAUUUCGAGGGAAGAUGGUGGCUGCAACAAUCCUUAUAUUUUUUCAAGUGGUAGUUUGUGGGGCUUUGUUGGGGAUGAUCAGUAAGAGUGUUCUGGGGAUUUUUUGUCUCGUGUUGUUUAUCCAUUUCUUGUUGUACAAGGUUGUUGUGCUGACGAUAUUGUAUUUUGUUUGCAAAUUGUACCAUCGUGAGGAUAUCGACAUGUCAGAUUUCUCAAGUCUCGUUGAAAUUUAUGUGUCGUUAAAGGCUAAUGAUGUUCAAGUCGAGACUGAGAGCCUCCUAGUGUGA